ACUCAAAGCCAUGGCACUGAGUGGCUUUACUAGCAAAAACGGAGCCAGAAACAGAAUGCAUAAAAUCGGAAUCCUCAUCACUGAUGGUCUCUCGAACGAUGGCAAGGCAACCCUUGCUCAGGCAAGAGCUGCUAAGAAAGCUGGUGUAGAACUAUACUGUGUCGGAGCAAAGAUUCCUUCCAAGAAGGAAAUAAAUGCCAUCGCUUCGAAGUCAAAGAAUGACCACGUUUAUACGGUUAAAAAGUUUAAACAAUUAAUGACCCUGGCUGCAUCUAUUGCAAAGAAAAUCUUGACAACGAGGGAGGUAUGUGGAGUCACGACACCAGCACCAUCCACCACGCCCUACACAGGACCACCGACGACCACAACAACAGUCAAAUCAACAACCACAACCACUGUACACGGGCAGACGACAACAGCAGCAAUGAAAACAAAAUCUGGAAAGUGCACUUUCAAGGCAGACAUCUAUUUCAUGAUAGACUCAUCCGGUAGUGUUGGAUUUAAAAACUUCCCAUAUCUCCUGAAAUUUGUCAAUUCUAUCAUCGACUCUCUACCAAUUGGGCAAAACCAGGUCAGAGUUGGAGUGUUCAGAUUCAAUCAGAAAUCGACACUGAUGUUUCCACUGAACCGGUUUUAUAACAAAGCUACGCUGAAGACCUGGGUGAACUGGAUCAGAUACACAAGUGGUUCCACUGGCACUGACAAAGUUCUCAGACAGAUGAGGCAAAUCGGUUUCACGCCAAAGAAUGGUAUGAGACCAAAUGUCCAUAACGUGGGCAUCCUCAUCACAGACGGUCUGUCAAACAAUGGCUCAUCAACUAUCACCCAGGCGAAGAAAGCUAAGAAGUACGGCAUCAACAUGUUUUGUGUCGGAGCACAGAUUCCAACUAUGACAGAGGUGAACAAGAUCGCAUCCAAACCGACCAAAGAUCACGUGUUCCGGUACAAGAAGUUCAGCCAGAUGAAACAGGGCGGGCCCGCCAUUGUGAAGAAGAUUUGUCAACAGGUGAACAAGUUACCGCCGGCCACCCCACCACCAACGACAACCACAACUACCACUACUGCGAUGCCAUGCGACCCAAAGGCCGACAUCUACUUCAUGGUGGACUGCUCUGGCAGCGUCGGCUACAAAAACUGGAAACACGUGCUCGGGUUUGUGAACGCCCUGAUCAGAGCCUUGCCAGUCGGGAAAGUUAAGAUCAGAGUUGGAGUUUAUAGAUUUGGAAGCAAGUCCAAGUUGAUGCUGCCACUGAAUCGAUAUUACAAGACGUCACAUCUGCAGGCUGCUGUCAAAUGGAUUCGGUAUGCUAGUGGAUCUACGGCGACAGACAAGGCACUCAAAGCCAUGGCACUGAGUGGCUUCACGAGCAAGAACGGAGCUAGACCCGGGAUGCAUAAGAUAGGAAUUCUCAUCACUGAUGGUCUCUCGAACGACGGCAAGGCAACCCUAGCGCAGGCAAGAGCUGCAAAGAAAGCUGGUGUAGAGCUUUAUUGUGUCGGAGCAAAGAUUCCUUCCAAGAAGGAGAUAAAUGCCAUCGCUUCGAAGUCAAAGAGUGACCACGUAUAUACAGUUAAAAAGUUUAAACAAUUAAUGACCCUGGCUGCAUCUAUUGCAAAGAAAAUCCUAACAACGAGGGAGGUAUGUGGAGUCACGACACCAGCACCAUCCACCACGCCCUACACAGGACCACCGACGACCACAACAACAGUCAAAUCAACAACCACAACAACUGUACACGGGCAGACGACAACAACAGCAAUGCAAGCAAAAUCUGGAAAGUGCACUUUCAAGGCAGACAUCUAUUUCAUGAUAGACUCAUCCGGUAGUGUUGGAUUUAAAAACUUCCCGUAUCUCCUGAAAUUUGUCAAUUCUAUCAUCGACUCUCUACCAAUUGGGCAAAACCAGGUCAGAGUUGGAGUGUUCAGAUUCAAUCAGAAAUCGACACUGAUGUUUCCACUGAACCGGUUUUAUAACAAAGCUACGCUGAAGACCUGGGUGAACUGGAUCAGAUACACAAGUGGUUCCACUGGCACCGACAAAGUUCUCAAACAGAUGAGGCAAAUCGGUUUCACGCCAAAGAAUGGUAUGAGACCAAAUGUCCAUAACGUGGGCAUCCUCAUCACAGACGGUCUGUCAAACAAUGGCUCAUCAACCAUCACCCAGGCAAAGAAAGCUAAGAAGUACGGCAUCAACAUGUUUUGUGUCGGAGCACAGAUUCCAACUAUGACAGAGGUGAACAAGAUCGCAUCCAAACCGACCAAAUAUCACGUGUUCCGGUACAAGAAGUUCAGCCAGAUGAAACAGGGCGGGCCUGCCAUUGUGAAGAAGAUUUGUCAACAGGUGAACAAGUUACCGCCGGCCACCCCACCACCAACGACAACCACAACUACCACUACUGCGAUGCCAUGCGACCCAAAGGCCGACAUCUACUUCAUGGUGGACUGCUCUGGCAGCGUCGGCUACAAAAACUGGAAACACGUGCUCGGGUUUGUGAACGCCCUGAUCAGAGCCUUGCCAGUCGGGAAAGUUAAGAUCAGAGUUGGGGUUUACAGAUUUGGAAGCAAGUCCAAGUUGAUGCUGCCACUGAAUCGAUAUUACAAGACGUCACAUCUACAGGCUGCUGUCAAAUGGAUUCGGUAUGCUAGUGGAUCUACGGCGACAGACAAGGCACUCAAAGCCAUGGCACUGAGUGGCUUCACAAGCAAGAACGGAGCAAGACCCGGGAUGCAUAAAAUCGGAAUCCUCAUCACCGAUGGUCUCUCGAAUGACGGCAAGGCAACCCUAGCGCAGGCAAGAGCUGCAAAGAAAGCUGGUGUAGAGCUUUAUUGUGUGGGAGCAAAGAUUCCUUCCAAGAAGGAGAUAAAUGCCAUCGCUUCGAAGUCAAAGAGUGACCACGUAUAUACAGUUAAAAAGUUUAAACAAUUAAUGACCCUGGCUGCAUCUAUUGCAAAGAAAAUCCUGACAACGAGAGAGGUAUGUGGAGUCACGACACCAGCACCAUCCACCACGCCCUACACAGGACCACCGACGACCACAACAACAGUCAAAUCAACAACCACAACAACUGUACACGGGCAGACGACAACAGCAGCAAAGCAAACAAAAUCUGGAAAGUGCACUUUCAAGGCAGACAUCUAUUUCAUGAUAGACUCAUCCGGUAGUGUUGGAUUUAAAAACUUCCCGUAUCUCCUGAAAUUUGUCAAUUCUAUCAUCGACUCUCUACCAAUUGGGCAAAACCAGGUCAGAGUUGGAGUGUUCAGAUUCAAUCAGAAAUCGACACUGAUGUUUCCACUGAACCGGUUUUAUAACAAAGCUACGCUGAAGACCUGGGUGAACUGGAUCAGAUACACAAGUGGUUCCACUGGCACCGACAAAGUUCUCAAACAGAUGAGGCAAAUCGGUUUCACACCAAAGAAUGGCAUGAGACCAAAUGUCCAUAACGUGGGCAUCCUCAUCACAGACGGUCUGUCAAAUAAUGGCUCAUCAACCAUCACCCAGGCAAAGAAAGCUAAGAAGUACGGCAUCAACAUGUUUUGUGUCGGAGCACAGAUUCCAACUAUGACAGAGGUGAACAAGAUCGCAUCCAAACCGACCAAAGAUCACGUGUUCCGGUACAAGAAGUUCAGCCAGAUGAAACAGGGCGGGCCCGCCAUUGUGAAGAAGAUUUGUCAACAGGUGAACAAGUUACCGCCGGCCACCCCACCACCAACGACAACCACAACUACCACCACUGCGAUGCCAUGCGACCCAAAGGCCGACAUCUACUUCAUGGUGGACUGCUCUGGCAGUGUCGGCUACAAAAACUGGAAACACGUGCUCGGGUUUGUGAACGCCCUGAUCAGAGCCUUGCCAGUCGGGAAAGUUAAGAUCAGAGUUGGGGUUUACAGAUUUGGAAGCAAGUCCAAGUUGAUGCUGCCACUGAAUCGAUAUUACAAGACGUCACAUCUUCAGGUUGCUGUCAAAUGGAUUCGGUAUGCUAGUGGAUCUACGGCGACAGACAAGGCACUCAAAGCCAUGGCACUGAGUGGCUUUACAAGCAAGAACGGAGCUAGACCCGGGAUGCAUAAAAUCGGAAUCCUCAUCACUGAUGGUCUCUCGAACGAUGGCAAGGCAACCCUAGCGCAGGCAAGAGCUGCAAAGAAAGCUGGUGUAGAGCUUUAUUGUGUGGGAGCAAAGAUUCCUUCCAAGAAGGAGAUAAUUGCCAUUGCUUCGAAGUCAAAGAGUAAGCACGUUUACACCGUAAAGAAAUUUAAGGAACUCAAGGGCCAGGCUAUCUUGAUUGCUAAGCGAAUAUUAACCACGAGAGAGGUCUGUGCCCGCUUGACGACUUCGUCAGGAACGACCACUCCAACCACUCCAGGUGUGGGUAGUACCACACAAGGGGGACAGACGACGCAGCUCAAUGUAGUCACAGCCAGUCUCCCCAGCCUGACAGUGUCUUCAAUGACAACUGGUUUACAAGCAACUGGAACACUUGCACUGUCAACGCAUUCAGCUGGAGGGACUACGGUGAGGACAUUGACAACUAAAAUGGCAAUUACACUUGCCGCAACACAUCGACAAGGAACUACUGGAACUACUGGGAUUGCUGGAACAACCUCCAGUACUUUAACAAGGACUUCGACAGGAGCAAAGCCAGGAACUACAACUGGGAAAGUCAAAGCUGCAACAACGCGUAGGGCCACCACAGUAAAACCUGUGGCUACAGCUAAAAGGACGACCACAACAACAGCUACAACAACAAAAGCCACAACUACAACUGCGAAACUUGCAACUACCGCAGCAAAACUCUCAACGAAAUCUACGACUACCACAACGAAAUCUACGACUACCACAACGAAACCUACGACUACCACAACCAAACCUACGACUACCACAACCAAACCUACGACAACAACAACCAAACCUCCCCCUACCACUACCACAACGAAUAUUAAGACUACCACAGCGAAACCUACUUCUAUCAUCAAAUUGACGACAGCGUCCAGGGUAACUGGCACUACUGGAAAACCACCACCUUGCAAUCCGAAAGCAAAGGUCGACAUCUACUUCAUGAUUGAUGCCUCUGGAAGCGUGAGAAGUUACAACUUCCCCCACAUGCUCAACUUCGUGGCUGCCAUGAUCAAUUUCCUUCCCAUCGGCCAGACCGACGUGAGGGUAGGCGUAUUCCGCUUCGACCACCAGUCCAGCCUGAUAUUCCCCCUGAAUAGGCACUACUCCAAGGCGGCUUUGAUGAGAGCUGUUAGGGCUGUGAGGUUUACUGGAGGAGGCACCAGCACGCAGUUCGUCUUACGGGAUCUCAGAACAGUUGGUUUCACAGCAGCGAAUGGCGACAGACCUGGCGUCCAUAACAUCGGUAUACUAGUAACGGAUGGCAUCUCCUGGGCACAGCAAGCCACCUUGAACCAGGCAACGCUGACAAAACGUGCUGGGGUCGAGCUUUUCUGCGUUGGGGUCCAGAUUCCUUCCACUGGCCAGAUUUACCAGAUCGCCUCGAAACCUGUAAAAAAACAUGUGUUCGUGGUGAAGAAGUUUGUCCAGAUGUCAGGCAAGGCUCCGAUGAUUUCAAAGAAAAUCUGUAAAUUUGUCAACAAGCACAGUCACUAA